UUUAAAUAUACUCACAUCCCUGAUCAGUUUGAAAACAAUAGUAAUUACCUAGCUAGGCUGCCUGCUAGCUAAUACUAGCUCAGAGAAAAAAGUAAAAAAAAAAAGAAAAAAAGAAAAAGAAAAAAGAGCUAGCAUAGCAUGGACGAGCCUCGCAAAGGAAAGGAGAAUAAGGGAGAGAAGGAAGAUCAGAAGGGUACUAGGGAUCAAGAAGUGCGGUAUCGGGGCGUCCGAAGGAGGCCAUGGGGAAAGUAUGCAGCUGAGAUUCGAGAUUCAUCAAGGCAUGGCGCUCGUCUGUGGCUUGGGACGUUCAAUACAGCAGAAGAUGCGGCCAGGGCAUAUGAUCGUGCUGCAUUUAACCUAAAGGGUCACCUUGCAACUCUCAACUUCCCUCACGAGUAUUAUCCUCAAGUCGCAGGCUCUCCUCCAAAUUUUUCAUCACUUCCAUCGUCUAGUUUUUCUUUGUUAGCUCCUAGUACUGGGAGUUCUGACAGGGGAAGUACUUCGUCUUCCGGACAAGAAAGGCAAGUAUUCGAGUUCGAGUACUUGGAUGACAAGGUGCUGGAGGACCUUCUUGAAUCAGAAGAGGAGAAGAGGACACGAAAGCAAGGCUGAGUAAAGGACAAUAAGGCUUGAGCCCAUUUCUCCGUUUCAUGUGUUCCCCCGGCAGUGCCUUCUUGAAUCAGGAAACUGAAUUGCGCUGUUAGUUUCACUUACGUUCUUGAGUUUUUCUUUGUUAG